AGCUUCUUCAUGUCGCGUAUAAAUACUGAGGAGCAGGCGCCCGCCAUUGGAGGGGAUUCUCAGGAGAACAAAGUUCAGCAAGCAGACGCCCGGAACGCAGAGGAGCUCGAGCGACGAGGAUGGCGGAUGUUGUCGAAGGCGGCGCGGUGGCUUCGCACGAUGUGCAGUCCCUGCUGUCUUCUCCGGACAGGGACUUCCUCGUCCGGAACAACGGCGAUCGGGUUAAAGUUGAUAGCUUGAAGGGGAAGAAGAUCGGCUUAUACUUCUCCGCGUCGUGGUGUGGUCCGUGCCAGCGGUUCACCCCGACUCUGGCGGAGGUGUACAAUGAACUUUCCCCAAAAGGUGAUCUGGAGAUCAUUUUCAUCUCUGCAGAUGAGGAUGAAGAGUCCUUCAGUGGAUACUUUUCCAAGAUGCCGUGGCUUGCAAUUCCGUUCUCCGACUCGGAGAAGCGUGAUAGCUUGGAUGAAUUGUUUGAGGUGAGGGGAAUACCCCACCUUGUGUUUCUGGAUGGCACUGGUACAGUCUUGACGGAUAGUGGGGUGGAGAUUGUUCGCGAGUAUGGAGUGGAAGGUCACCCUUUCACUGCAGAACGCAUCAAAGAAUUGAAAGACCAGGAAGAAGCUGCUAAGAGAAACCAAUCAGUGACCUCUAUUUUGGUCGAUGGGUCUCGUGACUUCGUAGUUUCAUCUGAUGGGAAGAAGGUUCCUGUUGCUGAGCUUGAAGGGAAAACCGUGGGUCUAUAUUUUUCAUUGUCCAUUUACAAAUCAUGCAUUGAUUUCACGCCAAUUUUACUGGAUGUUCAUGAGAAGCUGAAGGCCAAAGGAGAGAGAUUUGAGAUCGUUCAGAUACCUCUAGAUGAUGAUGAAGAAUCAUUCAACCAAGCCUUUGAAGUGCCGUGGCUUUCAUUACCAUUGAAAGACAAAAAAUGUGAGAAAUUGGUUAGGUACUUUGAGCUUUCUACCCUACCCACUCUUGUCAUAAUCGGUCCUGAUGGGAAGACUCUCCAUUCCAAUGUUGCUGAAACUGUCGAAGAGCAUGGGGUUGAAGCUUACCCUUUCACUCCAGAAAAGUUUGCAGAGCUUGCAGAGAUACAGAGGAAAAAGGAAGAAUCUCAGACCUUGGAGUCAAUCUUGGUUUCAGGGGAUCGAGAUUUCGUCAUUGGAAAGGAAGGAACCAAGAUUCCAGUAUUGGACUUGGUAGGGAAGACUGUCCUCCUUUACUUCUCGGCACACUGGUGCCCUCCUUGCCGUGAUUUCCUGCCAGUGCUCACGGAGGCAUAUGAAAAGAUCAAGGCCAAAAACAAUGCCUUUGAGCUGAUCUUCAUCUCCAGCGAUAAGGACCAAGCUGCCUUCGACAAUUACUAUGCUCAGAUGCCGUGGCUGGCGCUUCCCUUUGGCGACGAGAGGAAGAAAUCCCUGAAUCGCAAAUUCAAGGUUGACGGGAUCCCCACGCUCAUAGCCAGGCCGACGGGCCGGACACUGACUAAAGAAGCAAGAAAUCUUAUAUCGGAGCAUGGGGCCGAUGCUUAUCCUUUUACCACCGAACAUCUGAAGAAGUUGGAGAAGUCGACUAAGAUCGAGCUGGAUGAAGAAGAAGACGAAGAAGACGAUAAAGCAGCUGGGGAGGAGGCAAAGGAAGGAGGAGAAGCCGGUGAAGGAUGGGUCUGUGAUGGUGAAGUCUGCUACAAAGCCUAAAAGUUACUUCUUAGUUGUUCUGUCUUCUGUUACUCGUUUGAAGCAGUUUUCUUUUUUUUUAUGUGAGUGGACGUGUUUCGAGCUUCAUAUGCGGAGGGUUCGCAUAAGGGAUGUACAUUAUUCAUACUUUGGGUGUGUUAUUAUGUGACUUUGACAAUUCGCAGUCGUAAUAAAAUCUUUAUCUUAUACGA